AUGCAUUCAUUUUAUACCAGACCAAGUGCGUUCCAUUCCAAAUCUUCUACUGCUUUACUAUUAGGUUAUUUGGCCAUUUCUACUACUGUGCCAUUCUUUUUAUCAUAUAAAGAAACCAAUAGUAAUGCCAUUGGUAAUCAACUGUUAAAAGGCACGAUAUCAGCUAGAUCAUUAUUCACCAAGUUAUGA